AGUUUAGGAGUUAUGAUAAAGGGUUAAGGUUAAGGUCAUGGGAAGGGUUAGCUAAAAGGGUUAAGGUUAGGGGAAGGGUUAGCUAACAUGUAAGUAGUUGCAAAGUAGCAAAAAAGUAGUAUGUUUUUAAUGAGCUAAAACGCUGAAAUUGUCCAUGAUGACAUUCAAACUCACAAACUUUGAGUUGCUAGACGUUACCAUUACGCCCACCAUUACGCCUUAAGAAACAAUCUGUCUAAUGCAACCAUACCAAACAUAACAUAUGAUAAUACUUUUAGUGUCCCGGAUUUACGUAUACUAUGUUGCAUCUCGUCUAUGAGACCAGGCUGAGGCUGUUACUAGGGUGCCAUGACAACUAUAGAACUCAUAUGAUUUUACAUAGGCCUGAACUAUGGAAAUACAUGGAACCUUGAAUCAUGAUUAUUUAAUCUUCUGAUUUAAUCAAGCCUAUUGUUUUCCUGUUCUAUUUUGGAAAGAAGUUUAGGUGACAAGCUGAUGGGACUAUGGGCUAUAGGUAACAAGCUCUGCUCGAAUGACGGCUAUAUUAUGACGCACCUUAGAACUUGUAAAUGUGCGCCAGAAGUGUACUCUGUCCUAGACCUAUCCAAAAGGCCCGAGGAUGCGCCUCAAGCUGCGGAACCUUCUACAGUUCAUGUGGAACAGGAGGUCCAACAGCGGGCCCCAAUGUGUGCCAUACAUCCGCGACAUCAGACAGCUGCAGAGCGAGGGGUUCUACCGAGUUUAUCUCGGUGAAACCGAGUUUCCAGAGGGUCUGAUCACUGGUGACAUCUCCGCGGCAACGGACGCCACUAGCAGCAGACACAGCUGGAGCGUCAUCCACGCGGGAGGUCAGAGAGGAUGGGUUCCAUGGAAUUACAAACUACUGUUCCACUGUAACGGUGUCUCCUCACUGCAGCCUUCAUGGGAAAUAUUUGAAGAGUUGUGUGGCAGUUUAAGGGAGAACUACGGGAAAUGUGCAAUAGUGGUGAACAAUCAUAGCUGGAGGUCACCAAGGAAAGUUGACGAUUGUAACUUCGCGGGGUACGUUCAUCACCUGCCCGAGGCCCCGGUGGAUCUCAUACCUAUGAGCUGCUGCCCGACGUUGGCGCGCGCGUACGGACACGAGCUUAUUCAAAUCCCGUUCCAGUGCGCGCACCUGUGCCCGCUGAACAGCGCUUGGUCCACGGUGAAGUGGUUUGCGACCAACCACCAUGGGAAGUAUUCGGAGGCCAUUUACGACCGUGACACUCUACAUAAAUACGUCUAUUGGAAUGAGCUGAUGGAGGGAGCUCUGAAGAAGAUGACCAAGAGGAAAUGGGAGGAUGCAUUGUCUCGAGUGAGGAAGAAUGAAAAUCAUUACAUAAAUGACAAGCAGUGACAACGGGUUCAUUCAGACUAUAUAAAAGAGAUGCACAUGACAUUGGCUAAGGGACUUAUUUUUGUUUGUUGGUAAAAGUAUAGUUUCCAUGUAUUGUGAGGUUAGUGCUGUGGUCUCUGCCAAAAGGUCUGAACCUUUAUGGCACAGGAUAAUGUGCUCACCCCAUACUGCAAUGUUAUUGAUUCAAGCAAGGUUCCUGCUCCUUCUCAAUCACAACUGUACAUUAUAAAAUGCUAUGAAUCAUUAAGAUUCACAAGCAAAAUAGAAUUAAAUAAAACUUGUUACAGAUUAUCAAUGUAUUUAGAAUCAAAGGAAUGCAAUGAAUUUACAACCAAAUCACAUGUUCAGACAGUAAAACAUGUUUUAAAUAGGCCUGGAUAUUAACAUACACUACUGGUUACAUUUUUACAACACCUACUCAUUCAAGGGUUUUCUUUAAAAAAAAACGAUUUUAUACAUUGUAGAAUAAUAGUGAAGACAUCAAAACUAUG